CAGGUCGGUGAGGGGCCGAUGGCGGCGGGUGCUGGUGUAGAAGAUGAGGCUGAAUGAGAGCCGGACAAGAUCCUUCCAGGCUCCUGUCACGGUCCACAACUACCCGGGCAGGCAGGUCUACGUGUUCCCUAAUGGCCCAUCCGACUCGGAGGAGUCCUCGGAGGAGGAGGAGCUCAACGUCAUGGAAUUGCGGCCCCGGGGGAAGGAGCAGCAGCGGGGCAGCGCUGCCCGGGACAGGCCUGCAGAUGUGGUGCUGCUGGAGCGGGAGCUCACCGAGGGGGACAGCCUGAACAAGCUGGCCCUGCAGUACGGCUGUAAGGUCGCCGACAUCAAGCGGGUCAACAACUUCAUGCGGGAGCAGGACCUGUACGCGCUCAAGUCCAUCAAGAUCCCGGUGAAGGCGCACGGGCUGCUCACGGAGGGCGGGCGGGACCUGCGGCCGCUCCCUCCGGCACAGCCUGGAUUGACCCGCGUGGAGCUGCCGGAGCCCCAGCCCGCCACGAGCGGAUCCAGCGGCCAAAACCUCAGCGACUACUUCAGGGACAUCGACCAGAGCAUCCAGGACGCCGUGCAGGUGGAGGUGCAGCUGAACACAGAGUACUGUGGGGAGCCGCUGGAGAGGCCUCUGCCCGAGCCAGGCAAGCGGGACACGGGGAACGGCGCGGACUGCGGGAUCCAGUGGUGGAACGCCGUGUUCAUCAUGCUCCUGAUAGGAAUUGUGCUGCCAGUAUUUUAUAUCAUCUAUUUUAAGACGCAAGGCCUGGUGACCCACACCUCCAACACAACAGUAACCUCAAACGUUUCGACAGCUGGAUUGGAAGGGAAAUUACCACAAAGCUCAGCCGUAGGAAAAAAGUCCUAAGGGGAACGGGGAGACCCCUCCAGCCUCUCCAGCAGUGGUGCCCACACGCUCGUGACUGACCCAAGUGCAUCCAAGGGGAUAUAAUGAUACAGAUAAUUUUUAUUUUUAUAAGUAGCUGAUGAUGGAAUCCUGAACUUGACUGAAAGUGAGGUGAUGUGAUUGUGAUGGAAAAAUAAGGAUGAUUUGUUGCUUAUGCAGAUCACUGAGCAGGUGGCUCAAGAGUUGGAAACUCUGUUGAGGGCAAAGUAUUUUGUAGCAUUUUACUCAAUGUGAUUGCUUCAGGUAUUUCUCAGUGCCGUGUCUGGAAGCAAAUCCUUUGCUGCUGAGCUAGAGAGUGCAGUAUUAAUGUGCUUGGAAAGUUUGGAGUUGUUUGCAUUUUAAGGAAUUGCUUUUUGCUGGAGCAGCACUUUUUGCUGCUCUUUUACUGGGAGCUGUUGUUUUUCUCUCUUGCAGACCAUGGUGGUUUUGGCUUAACCCUAAACUGAUGGCUCUAAGCUGGGCGUGCCAGCCCCUCAUCCUCCUCCUGAGCAAACCUGAGAGCUGGGUUUAUUAGGUUGAUGUCAAGCCCCUCCCCAGGAUGAUCCCAGACCUCUCCCCUCCAGGAAACCCCUCAGGGAUGGGAUCUCGGUGCCAGAUCCGCGCUGUCCCCA